GCGUGCGCACGCGCAGACGGGAGCAGGCUCCUUGGUGCUGUGGCGGUGUGGUUGACUAGGGUGCUACUUGGAGUCGUGUGGCCCUUGAGAACCCCGCGUCUCCACAGCUGCCUCCUCUGGUCCUCGCCAUGUUCCUCACUCGGUCCGAGUACGACAGGGGUGUGAAUACCUUUUCUCCUGAAGGAAGAUUGUUUCAAGUGGAAUAUGCCAUUGAGGCUAUCAAGCUUGGUUCUACGGCCAUUGGCAUCCAGACAUCAGAGGGUGUGUGUCUAGCUGUGGAGAAGAGAAUUACCUCCCCACUAAUGGAGCCUAGCAGCAUCGAGAAAAUUGUAGAGAUUGAUGCUCAUAUAGGUUGUGCCAUGAGUGGACUAAUUGCUGAUGCUAAAACUUUAAUUGAUAAAGCCAGAGUGGAGACACAGAACCAUUGGUUCACCUAUAAUGAGACAAUGACGGUGGAGAGUGUCACCCAGGCUGUGUCCAAUCUGGCUUUGCAGUUUGGAGAAGAAGAUGCAGAUCCAGGUGCCAUGUCUCGUCCCUUUGGAGUAGCAUUGUUGUUUGGAGGAGUUGAUGAGAAAGGACCCCAGCUGUUCCAUAUGGACCCAUCUGGGACCUUUGUACAGUGUGAUGCUCGAGCAAUCGGCUCUGCUUCAGAGGGUGCCCAGAGCUCCUUGCAAGAAGUUUACCACAAGUCCAUGACACUGAAGGAAGCCAUCAAGUCUUCGCUCAUCAUUCUCAAGCAAGUAAUGGAGGAGAAGCUGAACGCCACGAACAUAGAGCUAGCCACGGUGCAGCCUGGUCAGAAUUUCCACAUGUUCACAAAGGAAGAACUGGAGGAAGUGAUCAAGGACAUUUGAGGAGGAGCUAUCCUAGACACCUGUGGGACACUUCAGUUCUCCUGAUAGCCCUGAAACUUUAUUUCCAGCUCUUAUGUCAUGGAAAAUAUCCAGUAUAUGUGUGUUUUUUUUUAUGAUGUCUGUACAUUACAGCAAUUCUGAAAUAAAAGAAUUUUAAAAUAA